ACGCAGAACCAGUGGGCGUGGCCAUUUGCUCGGAGCGUCUAAUCUGAUCAGCUGAUCUGAAUCUGGUGUAUCAGCCAACCAAUCAGAAUGCGACGGGGCGUGGCGUUGUGUUCGCUUGCAGGGUGGGUGGGGGAGUGGAGAAGCAGCUGGAGGAACGCACACACACACACGUGUUAUUAUCUCCAUCGAAUUCCAGCACGCUCGUGACGUCUUACAGCUCUGUGUGUUCAUUCGUUCAUUCUUGGUGUGUAUGUGUGAAUGAAUUUAAGAUCUAGGAACGGGGUGGAGGAGAUCCGUCUACUAGCGUUCUGUAGAAGGUGUAGAUGUUCAUGGUUAUGGGUUCCUGAGUGAUGUCGUAAAGACGCCCAGGAGAGCCCGGUUACAGCGCUGACAGCUUUACGGCUGAAGCAACCUGCUAGCGAACAGCUCUUUAGCUUAGCCUGUUAGCUUAGCAUAGCUUAGCCAGCUCUCCCUCUUUUUCUCCACCCGAGGCUCUGACGGAACCCCACCGGCUCCAGGAACGCCCGCGUUGUCCCGCAUGUUCCGCCACGAAGUCGGCGUCCUGUCGUUCAUUCCGUCCUGUUCGUACCUGUUCCAGCACGGGAGGAACCGGAACAUGUCCCGCUACAGCGUCUACAGCCUGCUGGACUGGAUGUACGGCGGGGUGGACCCGCGGUUUGAGGGGAACGGAGGGGCCGAGUGCGCCGCCUUCCUGCCGACGCGACAGCGCGCCCUCGAAACGCUGGUGUUCGUGCUGCUCUCCGCGGCCGAGGUCGUCGUCUCGGCGCGCCACAUCAGCGUCUCCAGGGCGCACCGGGAGGCCGUGAGGGACACGAAGCGGCACAAGGACAGCCCAGGCAAAAACCUGCUCCUCGCCGCCCUCUGCAUCACCUUUGGAGUGGAGGUGGGCUUCAAGUUCGCCACCAAGACAGUCAUCUACCUGCUGAACCCGUGUCACGUGGUCACCAUGAUACAGAUCUUCCUGCUGGCGUGUCCUCCAUGUAAAACUGCCAUGGUCGUGUUCAGGCUUCAGGUCCACAUGCUGAACGGCGCUCUGUUAGCGCUUCUCUUCCCCGUCGUCAACACCAGACUACUUCCCUUUGAGAAGGAGAUCUACUACAUCCAGCACUCCAUGCUCUACUUGGUGCCCAUCUACCUGUUCAGAAAAGGAGGUGUGUACAAACCUGAGCCGCUCUGUGACAUGUGGUGGGCUUUGUUAUCUACAGGAAUCCUCUUUCUCUACCAUUUUGUGUUCCUGCAGGGCCUGGGAAUGGUAACUGAGGUGAAUCUGAACAACAUGUUGUGUCCGGCCGUGUCCGAUCCAUUUUACGGGCCGUGGUACCGCGUGUGGGCCACCGCUCACCAGACGGCGCUGACGCUCCUCCACGGCAAAGCGCUGACGGCCAUCUGCCAGCAGGCCACGCCCGCUCUGUGCCACCUGCUGCACUCAGCCCGCCUUCGCUCCAAAAAAGUCGACUGAAUCCCCACACAAACCCGGAACCUUCUUUCAUUUUAGUUUUUAAUUUCUUUUAAUAACAGAAUGUCGAAGCAGACCUGUGCGAUUCUAACAAGCUCGGUUUUAUCGUCUUGCCGUGACGUCACACUGCCACGAUUACAGUCACGUUUACGCUCAUGAUUAUAUUAUAACAUAGUGUCAUUUCCAGACUUGACGUUGGAGUACGUGCGAGUUCUCGCUCCAUAAAUCCUCUUUAUGUUCUCGGUAAAGUGUCCGAUCCGGUCAGGACAUAAAACUGAAGGCGUUCUGUCCUGAUACACUGAAACUGUUUUCAGUUCAUUAAUGUGAUAUGAGGUGUGUGUGUGUGUGUGUGUGUGUGUGUGUGUGUGUGUGUGUGUGUGUGUGUGUGUGUGUGUGUGUGUCUUUACACACUAGUAAAUUUGCAUAACGCUACUGUAUUUAUGAGCAACUUGCUGGGAGAAAACCUCGUACUGAAAACGUCUUUUAGGUUAAAAAAAGAAGAAGGUUGCAAGCGAACGCUAAAGAUGAAAUGUUCUGAUGUAGAAAUUUUCCAUCAAAUGCUUUUAAAAUUUGA